GAAGUUACAGAGUUUUUUCAAGGAUUACAGAGAAAACCGCGGUCAUGGCUGAUGCCCUAAUUGCUUUCAUGCUGGCGGCAGCACUGGUAGUUGAUUCCGCUGUCGGAUUACAGUCCUUAAAGUUUACUUCUUCGCCCAUAAAUAUGAUUGCUCGAAAUUUCGGGGAUGGGUUGCGCACAAAUCAGGAAUAUUUGAGGCUUUUUUGGAGUCUUUACGAGGCUCAGUUUCCUGUCGAUAGUCAGCUUGCAGUUUCACUACAGCAAGUUCCCCAUGUGCAAGAAACGGAAGGCGGUCUACUGGCACCUAAAUGUGGAGGCAACAUUGAAGCACCAAGCAUCGGACGAUACCGGAUCAACUUCGGAAUGAGAUCUUCUUCUUGUUUGUACAGCGUGAGGACCGGUCGACGUAUGAAAACGUCCGUAGAGUGCCCCGACGUACCGACCGUAAAGGUGACAGGGAAGUCUGCGUCGUGUGUACGGGACAGCGUUGAUGUGCAUGAGUCGCCCGCCUCCACGACCAUCUUGUGUGGCCCAGAGAAAAUGCUCACCAUUGCCAGGCCGCCAUCACCGAAGUCUGAGUCUUCGAUGACUUUCAUUGCAUGUGUCUUCAUCGUCGAGAGUACAGAAUCUGGGGGAAAAACAAAUGUGCCAGAAACUGCCGAAAACUCUACGCAAAUUUGUCCUCUAAACUGCGGCGUGUCUGAGGUCACAGCCUCGGGGAACUUCACGACUCGCAUCGUCGGGGGACAUGACGCCUUACCGGGGGAGUUCCCUUGGCAGACGUAUAUCAUCAGUAAAAUUUCGGAUGAAAUGUAUGAUCUUUGCGGUGGCUCGAUAAUUAACUCCAGGCACGUUCUCACUGCAGCUCACUGCUUCAAGAAGCAUUCGUGGAGCCCUUUGAGGUUCGUUGCUGUUGUUGCUGGCUUGCACUCUCUCGAUGACUUCAACGACACCUACGUUCAAAAGGCUCCCGCUGCUAAAAUAAUUUUGCAUCCUGAGUACAAGUUUGCGCCGCAUGUGCAGAAUGACAUUGCAAUCAUACGUCUGGCGCGUGAUAUCAAAAUAACAUCUCGAGCCACUCCCGUGUGUCUAGCAGCGCCGGAUACAAUAUACGACAACCGCGAGAGCGUCGUCACUGGGUUCGGAGUAACCGCGCUCACGAAUAACGGCAAGCCUGACUUGGCGCACGUGUUGAAGAAGGCAGCAGUAACGAUAGUGCAAGGGUGGGAGUGCCAGGCUGCCUACCUUGCUUGGCAAAUUCAUGUUAACCCGGAGUCUCAGGUUUGCACGCGAGGGUUCCUACAGGAGUCCUGCCAAGGCGACUCCGGAGGACCUGUCGUCGUGAGGGGCAACACCGGCCGCUACGAGCAGGUAGGGAUUGUGAGUUUCGGCAUAGGAUGCACGGACGACGUGGCGCCGUCCGUCAACACUCGAGUCGCGGCCUACAGACUUUGGAUAGCGGCGCAGUCCAAGGAAGGCUUUUGUUUCUAGUCCAGGGCCGGGCUGACACAUGAACAGACUAACGAUCGUCGACGAAGCUAAUAUAUUGAACCAAGAUUUCACGUCUGCCGUUGGCAGAUUUUAUUAGAAACCUAUUCUUGGAUUAGUUGGUGUCAAUAACGUCGAAACAUUAACUAUGCUUCACAUCAAUGCAGCUCUUAACGAAUCAAAGAUAUAUAUGAUUUCAUCUGAAUAUGAAUUUCUAUCAAUGUAAGAUUUUUUUCCAUUUUUAAGGGGCAGUAAUCACAGAAACUUUAACACAGAGAUGAAUGAGCGGUCAAUGUCGAUUGACAAUUAAAGAUAUUUCUUCUAUGUUUAAAGUUUAGUUAAAAUAAAUCAGUUGAAUUAAUACCCUUGAACUGAUAAUACGACACUGGACUUGUGUAGAUAAGAUAUUAAAAACCAGAUGUAGAUGUCUUUAGAAUAUUUAGUUUCCCGUAGUCCAUUGUAGAAUAAGUAUCCAGCAAUCAACAAGUUGCGUCCUGUAAAUCUCGUAUUAAAUUCAGUAACAAAUAUAAUAA